AUGCAACUAAAAAUCGAGAGUCGCGGUAACAUCAAGGGCGCGUACUUUCCGUUGGAAAUCAAUCUGCCUGAUGAUGCUACGCUGGGAACGUUGAAAAAUGGCAUUGCGAAUCUUGUGCCUACGUUGCCAGUUGCCCGUCAGCGACUCGCUAAGGCUGAUAAGCAGCCACUCGUUGACGACGAGAAGCGGCUGAGUGAUUUAGGUGUAGAGGGAACUGCUGCUCUGACAGUCAAGGAUCUCGGUCCUCAGAUCAGCUGGCGCACUGUGUUCCUCGUUGAAUACGCGGGCCCAUUGAUCAUCCAUCCCCUCAUCUAUUACGGAGCACCUUCGUUCUGGGCUCGAUUUGGUUAUUCUUACAACACAUCAUCAAUACAGACAAUUGCAUUCGUGCUUAUCAUGGCACACUUUGUAAAGCGUGAGCUGGAAUCUCUUUUUGUUCAUCGCUUUUCAAAUGCUACGAUGCCCGCCUUCAAUAUAGUGAAGAACUCGUCGCACUAUUGGCUACUCUCAGGACUUGUUCUUGGCGGUGGCUUGUACUCGCCCUCGCUUGGUACUGAGGCUGUAAGCGGAACACUUCGUAAUAACCGCGUCUUUCUCGCUAUAUGCGCAUGUGUAUGGCUUGUUGCUGAGCUAGGCAACUUGCACUCGCAUCUCAUACUGAUGAGCCUGCGGCCUAAGGGGACACGGGUGCGCCAGAUUCCGCGUGGAGGCGCAUUUGAACUUGUCAGUUGCCCGAACUACUUUUUCGAGGCUGUUGCUUGGUUCGCGAUCACCAUUAUGACACACUCACUGAGUUCUUUGAUCUUCCUUGUGGUCUCGAGUGUGCAAAUGACGCUAUGGGCGGUCAAGAAGCACAAGAACUACCGUAAAGAGUUUGGCGCACAGUACCCUCGACAGCGCAAGAUUAUGUACCCCUUCGUGUUUUAA